AUGUUUCUCCAAAAUGCCUUGUAUUACUUCUUUAAUGUAAACCUGCUGCAUCGAUUCGAUGAAAACGUAGAUGUUAUUGCCACUUUAGCAAGAUGUUACUUCAAAAUAGGCGAAAUGGACAAACUAAAGACAUUGCAUUUAAAUACAGUGCAACAAGCCGAAUUUCUUAUGGCGCCUCUUGCUGGAAUCGAUGCUUUGACAAACUCCACCGAUUCUGAAUCAUUUGAUACACUUUUCUUACUCUCAAAAUUACAUUUACAAUUGGCAAACUAUGCUGCCGCUUUGAAUUGUAUGCUUAAGGCAACUCGUUUACGACCAUAUUACGCAGAAUGCUUCCAUUACCUUGGUAAAAUAUACUAUGGCACAAAGGAUAUAGUGCGCUCACGAAAAUGUUUUGAAAAAUGUGUAAAUUUAAACCCCAUAUGCGAGAGCGCAGUGAAUAAUUUAAGCGCUAUUUAUCAGCAACUAGGUGAAGAGGAUUUCAACGUUGCAUUGCUGCUUAAUACACUCAAACAUAUGAAGUGUGAAGAUUCUAAACAUAUACAGUACAAGCUCGGUUUGCAUUAUUUUCAUGUUAAUAAGUGGGAUGAUGCCAUACAGUCGUUCCGCACAGCUAUUAAGCUCGAUAACAGUUGCAUGAAUUAUUGGGAAUCUCUGGGUGACGCUUAUGCAGAGCGUGGUUCUUAUAACUCUGCUAUACGAGUUUUCCAAAAAAUACUCGAAAUGAAUCCAAGUAAUAUUUACGCUAAACUACAAAUUGCAUUGAUUAAAUCUACUGUGCGAAUGUAUACCGAAGCUAUAGCGGAAUUCGAUGACUUGCUACGCGGCCAUCCCGAUUAUUUACCUGGUUUAAAGGGCGCUGCUGAGGCACAUAUUGGUCUGGCGAACAAUUUAAAGUUGGAGCAUCUAUAUGGACGUUGUAAGGACCAUUUGCAGUUGGCUGUUAAUCAUUUGCAAAGCGCAUUCUUGACUUUGAACGGUCAAAGUAUGUUUUGGUUGUGGCGCCUAACCGCCAAUGUGUGUCAAACAGCACUCAUGCCGAACUCAUUGGCAUACCUGGAAGUAUCAGGGAAACUGGCAAAGUUGGAAGAUGAAACAGCGAUUUGGCAAAGGAAGGACCUUUUCACAUUAGCUGCAAGAUUUUACACCUGCGCCAUUAAGUUAAAAGCAAACACAUUUAUUUGGUAUGAAUUCGCAUUGUGUUGUUACUACUCCGCGAUCUAUAUUCCCGAUGAAGCAACUUCUCAUUUGGCAUUGGCUAUCAAAGCCUCCAAAUUGGCUGUAAAUGAGCAAAGCGACCGUUGGCAAAAUUGGAAUUUGCUUGGAGUAAUAAAUUUGCAUAAGGAAAUCAACCAAUUGCCCUUAGCACAGCAUUGUUUCAUUCAGGCACUGACGCUUGAACGUAAAUCUUAUACAACUUGGACAAAUCUGGGUGUGCUCUACUUAAAACUGAACGAAAUAAAGCUUGCUAAUCAGGCAUUUCAGCGUGCUCAGCAGUCCAGUCCUAUAUAUGGAAAUGCGUGGAUUGGACAAGCUAUGAUCGCCGAAAGUAUUGGCGAAGAGGAGGAAGCUUUAGAUCUUUUCAGACACUGCCAGCAGUUUGAAUAUCACCCCGAGUCCUCACUGGGAUAUGCGCACUGGGUUUGCAUGGUGUUAACGGAUGCGGAAAAGUGCAAAAUACCACAUUAUCGACAUGCUAUCGAUAGCAUGUAUGCUGACGUGGUGGCGUUGGAUGCAAUUAAUUGGCACGUUAUAAACGAAGAAAAAGAUGCAACUUCUGCCGCACUUUCCUUCCAAGGAUUCUUAAGUUUACGGCAGCGACAUUAUCGUCCUGCAGUGAGAGCAUACCUUCAAGCUGUGAAGUGCACAACACCUAGUGCUGAGCGCGAUAAAUUACUCACGAGCUUAGGUUAUCUCUACUUGAAGUUAAAUCAGCCCAAUGAUGCUAUACAGAUUUUCAAUCGAGUAGUACAUUCAUCACUCAAUGCCAUUAUUGGAUUGGCUCUGGCUUUUGUGCGCGCUGGCCAACAUCAGGAGGCAUAUGCAGUAUAUAACUCUGUAUUAAAGAGUAUGGCAGAUAACGAGGAAAAGGCGGGCAUGAUAUUGGUAGCAAUGGCCGCGAUGGUGUAUUCGUCGCAAGGCGAAGCAGAUACCAAAACGAUUCUAUAUCAAUGCAUCUUGCUUAAGAACUCUCCCAUACAGGCUCUUUAUUCUGCCUGCCUGGGUAUUCUGCAUCAAGAUAAUCAACUAACAACAACUAUUCUGGCGGAGUUGAAGAAGUACGAAAAUAGCGAAGCUUAUUCUGCGCAUAUUUCAUAUUUGACGGCACAAUACUAUGUAGCUAUUAAACAGACUCGCAAAGGCCUAACAUAUUUACUAUCACGUCUGCACGUUUUCCCAAGCUGUGCUGAAUUGCGAAAAGUUUUGGCAAAUUUUCUGUUGGAUAAUUUCAGCCAUGCCUCACAAUAUCAUUUGGCUACAAGCCAAAUUGCUCUGAGCUCAAUUACUUUAUUGCAUCGUAAUAAAGCACAAAAGAGCGACUGCAUUGAGGACUCCCAAUUGUUACUGAUUGCGAGUCGCGCAUUAAGACCCGUAGAAACGCGCUCCCUAAAAUUGAUACAGCAUGCUAUACGUUUGCAUCCUCAAAAUCAGAAUGCUUGGCUGGCGCUACAGGAAGUUCAUUAAUGGUUUUUGCUUGUAAAAAAUUAUGAAAACAGGUCUUGCUGAUUUUGAAUCAAAUCGUUUUUAGCGACGAAGAUUAUGUAACUAAAAGCGUAUUUUAUGCAAUGAAAUACUGUCUGACAUUAAAAUCUACAUAUUUACAAAUUUUCUUGCUUCGAAAUGCCGACAGAUUAAAAAGACGAAAGUCUUACUAGCUGAUAAAAAGGUAAGCAAUGAAAUUGUGAUUCAACAUAGGAUUUUUUUUGCAAAAGAUAAAGCACAAAAACUCAAGAGUGGGAUAUAAUUCGCUGGAAGCACUAAUAUGAAUAUUUGAAACAUAUUAAAUAUAUCGAGCCUUAACCGCAAACAUGACGUAAGCAACAUUUUUUCAAAUCAUAAUUUCGAUACAGAAUUGCUAUUAGAGCUUCUAGGAGCAUUUUUGCAUGAAAAAGGAUGUUUUGAAUCUUUUGAACAAGCACAUAUUUUUCCUUUUAGAUUUGAUCUUACGCUUACUCUAACAGGCAUCGGAGCGGUUUCGUUUUAAUUUCAUUCCGAAGAUAAAUGUUGAAAUAGAAAAAGACGUUUUGUAGUAAGUUUUUUCCAGAAGGUCUUAGGCUGGAAAAUCUACGUAUGUACAUAUAUUUUGGCUGGGUUGUGCUUUGAGGGAUGUUAAUCAAAUUGCUAACAACUAAAGGGUUUGAAAAGUUGAAAAGUAAUUCCAAAUAACACCUAGCGAACUGCGGAAUGAAAUUGAAUUCUAGGGCAGAAAAUUAAAAGCAGCGUAGUAAAAAA